CGAACGCGCCUCUGAUCAUUCGGAUCUUCUUGAAUGCGGAUGGCCUCUAGUGUGUAGGUUGUUCUCGGUACUUUAUAACUGCUACGAUGGAUAUACAUCAGGCUAGCAGCUCUACAAUGAACUUUCACACAAAAGUUCGGAUAAUCUACGCUUCCGUAGGCGUGUUAAUUGGAAUAUCAAUAUUCAUUGUAUUUGGAUUCAACUAUCACAACUGGGACGCAGCGACAUGGGGGUUGACAUCCGGCGUAGUGGCAUGUUUGACAUUGAUAGUACAUCUUCGGUACAGCAGGAAACUUGCCAUGGGACGCCAUAUAGAACCUACUCUUCUCAGUAGAUGGAUGCUGUUAGGCUGCUUCAUCCAGUUGGCGGGCGUGUGUGGGUUUACCGUCUACCUCACUCUAGCAAUCACUCAAGGACAAGGUUUACAGAUUUACGGUGCAGGUUACUACCUGACCCUGGUGUGGUGCUUCAUGACAUGGAAAUGGGGAUUCAUCCUGCUGUUAUCUGCAAGGCGAUAUCGAAACAUGCUUUACGAAGUUUAUACCAUUUUACCUAAAUCUGAGAAAAGUUAGCACAUAUUCGGUAUUUUUGAAUAAAUUUGGUAUAUUUUCAUAUUUGUUUCGAAGCAUUACAACAUUUUACUGAUGUGAGAAAACAGGUGUUAUUUUCCCCUUGUUAUUGUAAAGUAGCAUUGUACUAUUAAUAGGUAUUAAAAUCAGUGUUUAAGGUGAUACACUCAAACGUAUUAAUGUAAUUGCCAUAUUCUGUCACGUUACAAAAUGAGGUAUGCAUUUAUUUUACAGUGCUUAAGGAAGAUAUUUCAAACAAUAGUGGCCCUAUAGUGACAUCAUUCUAUUAUGUACUAGCUCUUUCAUUAAUUUCCAUUCAGGGCUUAUAUUCUGAUAUUUCCUCUCACUCUUUUGAUAUUGAUAUGUUGUUACAUUAUAUAGUUCAUUACUAAAUCUCGUAUAACAAUAGCAUCUUAUCUGUAAACCAAUCAAAAUGUUUAAUAGUGUUUAGAGUAACAUUUUAUUGCUGCUUUUCUAUCGCCAAUUCAUGACCAUUUAUUUGCGAAUAUCUGACAUACAUAUUUUUCUGCCAAAACAUUUCUUGGUAAUCGAACGAAAUAGUAUAAUGGCGUUGUUGAACAAAUACGUGUAUUUGAGAUUUAAGUCUGAGUCAUGUCGAAGAAAUUGUCAUGAAUUAAUUAUAAGUUUUAAGUGUUGAAGUUUUGUAUGAAACGCAGACCCUUUAACAGAUCUAUUGUGUGUACCAUUUUACAUAUAGAGGUUGUGUGAUUAAGUUAACUUCCAUAUUGGUGUGUUGUGAGAAUUGGGAUUUUAAAUGCAGGGAUUUUUCAUUGAACAUAGAUGUUAUUUACAGCUGUAAAUACUUGUAAAUAAAUGUAAAUCAUUCCUAUAUCUGUUUUCCUACACUGUGCUUGAGAGUUAUUCCCCUUUCUAUAAUAAUACCAAUACGAUGAUUUAAUUACACGUUAAAGCUGUUUUGGUAAGAUAGAAUUGUCUUGAAGAGGUAAACUGUAUACCAUUAUUAUCUGUUUCCCUUGUCCCUUUGGGGUUUUGUUAUCAGUAGUAAUGUUGGCUCCGAAACGAACAUUUAUGAUAUAAGGAUUAUAAUUAAUCCAUUCUAAUUGGACUCUUUUUAAUUCGUGCUUGUAUUUACAAUAAAAGCCAGCAUCAGAUUUCAUUUUCUCAAGCAUGGUAUGCAUUUUAUACAUGAAUAUUCACGUUGCAAUUUUCGUUCAAAUAUUAUUUGGAUGGUGUUAUGUUUUGAUCUUGCAUUUUUUGUGUGUGACAUGGAUGACAGGCAAAAUAUGAUGACCGAUUAAUAUAAGUAUAAUGAUAGUAUGCUCUUAUUCAAUUUUUUCAACACAAUAUGACUAUUUCGCGGACGUUCAAUUUUUUAUUUUUUGAUAUUCCAAACUUUGAGAAUAUUCAAAAUAUAAACCCCAUGAAUUCAUUGCAAUUUGAUGAAAUGCCAAAGAAUUCAAUGUAUUUCCGCUAAAUUUUAAUCCAGCAAGUUUGUUUCUGGCACAAAACCUAGAUAGUUUUAACCAGCGGAAUAAAAGCGUUAUAAAUUGAUAGUCAUGCACAUGUCUGCUAUACAAAUCUUUAUAUUAUUAUAGUUAUUUUGCCAAGGUUUUUAUGCAUUGAUCAUGAUAAAUAAACUACUUUCUUUUGUAAGAACAAAAACAAAAAAACGGGCUUCCGAUUUUAAAACAUUUGUUAUAAGGAAGCACGUAUCGAAACUUUGACUUAUUCAACGGGUUUAGACACCAACUUUUAAUCCUAUUCCGUGCUUAUACAAAUACAUGUUGUAAUAUGAUGAAAGAUGUGUAUGAUGAUGAAUUGCUAGUUAUCAUUUAGCUUAAUUUGUAUAUCUAAUCUUGAAUUAUUUCAUCGAAGUGUUCACGACGACUUAUGUUUUUAUUGUGGGCUGUUUCUGACUGUAAUCCAGCUAAUUCCAACAUGUUCGUUGUUUUGUUCAUGUUAAAACAAUAUCACCAUUGCAGACCUUGUUAUUGCAAUUAUAAAUGGUGCUUGUUCAGCAGCUAGAUCUAGUCAGAUUCUUCAGUCGUGCAUUUAUGAAACUUGUAAAAGGUAUGAACAAACAACCUGUUAUACCACAUUAAAUGGACAUUUUAUAAGAAAACGAUGUUUUUUUAUAUAAGCCUAAUCUAAGGAACCUAUAUAUUCUGUGAUACUGUUCAUUAGCGUUUAUUUAAUAUGGUGAUUUAAACAUAUAUUUCUUACAUGAUAACUUAACGUAAAUAUUUUAGGGAAAAUGUAACGCAAACGCACUGGAAAAUGUUCUUUUACGAGAUACAAUGUAUACGCCACGUGUAUGCUGUCUAAAUUAGAUAUGGAAGCGUUUGUUAAGAUACGUGUUACUGUACGUACAUGAUUUAUGUUUGUCUUGUAUAAAUCUGUAAAUGUGCAUUACCUUUCUCACAAGAACUAAUUAUAAUAGGGUUCAUGCAAACUUAAGCUUCAUAAUGUGUAUUUCCAUGUUCUGUGAAAUAAGAUUUUUUCGUGGCGCCCGAAUUUCGUGGUUUCACGACAAAGCACCAAUUUCGUGGGUACAUGAUAGAAAGCUUGUAAUUAUUUCGUGGACCUAUGAAUUCGUGGAGGAAGAUAACCCAACUUUUUAUAUUUUGUCACGAAUUUUGUCAUACACAUUCCAAUUUUUCUAUAACGAUGUUAAGUAUAUGACCAGUGCCUGAUAUAGUCGAAGUAAACUCUCUUAUUUCCGUAAUAUAGUUGUUAUUAUUGGUUUUACCAAUGUUCUUGUUAGAACCAUGUUGUUACAUUUAUAACAUAUAAAUCAUAUUUAUUGUUCUGCGCAAACACAUUAUUGAGUUGUUGUGACUUUUCUUCUUUAGCGUGAUUAUCAAAUAAAAAAGCAGCAACUAAAAUCAACUGUG